AUGGAGUUGCAUCAAGACGAUGGGCUGGCAAAUCACGUUCACGUCUCCAAUCCUUGGCUAUCACGCUACUUCAACUCACAACUAUUGUUGCAACAUGGGACGAGCUCAGAUACCAUCAGCACCCAGGAUAAAGAAGUCUACGGCAACCCAUCUCACCCCAUCAGGUUCCGCAUUGGCAAUGGAGGUGCUGGCUACACCGGCAUCCUAAAGCUCCUCGCAGAGACGUACAUCAAAGAAUCCGGCUCUGGAAUUCGCAUCGCCUGGGUUUCGAACCAUUCUCGACACUCUCAAGUAGCUCUCCUCGCUGGUGUGGUGCAAAUCGCUCUGACAUACGAGCCCAGAAACGAAGACAUCUCUAUCCACGAACACUGGGCGGAAAGAGUCUGUAGACCUUUCAAUGAUCAUUUCAUCUUUGCUGGGCCCGACGUAGACCUCCAUGCACGGGACAUCGAGGACGCCUUCCGUAUUAUUGCAAACUCACAUUCGCAGAAGAAUGGAAAGUGUUUCCCGUUCCACAGCAGAGGCGAUGGAUCGGCGACUUUUGCCAAAGAGCAAACAUUAUGGAAAAGAGCGGGGAUCGAUGUCAUAGCCGCGGAUUGGAUCGAAACGUACCCUCUCGUCCCUUAUGAUGCGCUGCGCAAGGCUGAAGAGAAGGGGGCGUUUCUUCUGACCGAUCGCUCAACAUACUUGACAGCAAAACGAGAUGGAGGCAUUCCUUCUCUGCGAGUUCAUGUUGAAGGUGGUGCGGAAUUGAUGAAUCCUUGCUCGGCGCUUGUAGGGAGCACAGCGCUGGUUAAUCGUAUAGGGGAUGUCGUGGAAAGUCAUGCUGCUGCGAGGGCUUUUGCUGAGUGGCUUGGGGGCGAUCGAGCACAGGAGAUUGCAUGUCGUUAUGGAAUGGAAUGGCCUGUUGGCAAAGCACUAUUCACCAGAGGCGAUAAGGAUGACUUUGAUGAGCUAGACCACUUGGUACACAGAUGUUGA